CCAGUGGAGAUACAGGUGAGGGUUUGUGUGCUCAGAUCAUAUGUCACACCUCCAGGUAUUGUAACAUCACCUACAUAAUAUGUGGCAUUGUUGGCUUAAGCCUAUGAGAGGUAGACCUCGACCAGAUAACAAAGAGAGGGAACAGAAAGUAACAUGUGUGUUGCUAAACCAACAGUGAAAGAUUGUGUUUCCCAAAGAAAAACUGAUGUACCCGAAGUGCAUAUAACGCCUCCCUCUUUCACUAAGACAUCCUUAGCUACUACA